AUGUCUUCGACAUUGAUAAAGGAUGGGGUGCUCGUCACGCCAAUGAAGGAGCACUUUCCUCCCGAAAUCCUCCUGGAAAUCAUGACCCUCUCGGAUAGGGGCACGCUGGCAGCGUUAGCCCUUGUCGAACGGGGGAUGAACAAGGAAGCGGAGGCACACCUGUAUCAGCGCCUGGUUCUUCAUGACGAAGACCCAAAUUUAGUCCAGUGCCUGAGAACAUUGGCAUCGAAUCGCACUAAGGCGCGAUUGGUGAAGCGGAUGAAAAUCAUGCUUUCCUCUUCCCAAAUCAAACGAUUUGUGCGUCAUUUGAAAGAGGCGAUGCGGACUACUGGGAGAGUCACCCAGUUAUCUCUGGAGUGGACCAAUUGCUGGAGCGGAAAUAGCCAAUGCUACGCUGCAAUCGAGGAUAUACUUAUAGACAGUCCCUUCGCACUCAAGUCCCUCUAUUGCACUGCAUCAGAUAUGGAGCUGCAAGAAAUCAUCCGAAACCAGCCCUUGCUAGAGGCCAUAGGUCUCUUCGACCCGAGUCAAUGCUUCAACAGCGCCGAGUUCCUUAGCACGGCUCGCCUUCUGUUCUCUCCAGGUGAAGACCAUCUAUGCCGCUUCACGAAACUCAAGCCCUACAUCCCUGGACUGGAAAGACCAGACAGGUUGACAGAGUUGCCGAUGAUAUUUCAAUUAUGCUGGCGUAUUGACAAAGGCGAAACAGACACUACAGGGACGAAACGAGGAUUGGUCGGUCUAGCACCUGGACUUUUCCCUAGACAGAUGGCGGAGAUCCUGUAUAUUGUUUCCAAGAGUCUCGUGCAGUUGGGCGACCUGUACGAUCUCCCGAAUUCCACCUUCCGAGCGAACGGGAUUAGGAUACUCAUCGUUUGGUGGUUGGAGUGCCCUGAGCUCUCCGAGGCCGAACGAUUCUGGGAGAGCGUAGGGCAGUGUUUUCCAAACGUAACGGAGAUUGAGAUGUACCUCAAGCUCACAUGGGACUCAUCGAAUGCGGAUGCGACUCUUCAUGACACCCUUCGUGAACGUCUCUCCGAUCCAUAA